GAGCAGCGGGCUGCGCGUACUUAAGGCCCAGGCCGCCGGAAGGCGGGUCUCUAGCUCCGCGUUUUCUCCAACUUCCGUACUUUUGUCUGCGUGCACGUCUGGACCCCGGCCUGAUUGGCCCUGACCACAUGCAGAUGGACCAGCCCCUCCCAGACUCCACCUGGAGCCCAAUUUCCCAGUCGGAGCCGCCCGCGUCCCCCGCACCCUGGCUAUGCAUGGGAAGCUGCUGCCGCUGGCCGGCCUCUAUCUUGUGCAGGGCCUGCCCUAUGGGCUGCAGUCUGGUCUGCUGCCCAUCUUGCUGCGGGCCCGUGGCUUCUCCCUGACACGUGUGGGCCUGACCAAGGGACUGUAUGCGCCAUGGCUGUUAAAGCUGGCGUGGGCGCCACUGGUGGACAGGCGAGGUUCCCCGCGGGCCUGGCUAACGCUCAGCACCGCGACCCUGGGCCUGGUGUGUGGAUUGCUGGCCGCAUUUCCUCCCCCGCAAGCUGGCCAGGUAGGGCUGCCCAUCACCUUGGCGGGGCUGCUACUGCUGCUGAACCUGGGUGCAGCCGUGCAAGACGUGGCUCUGGACACACUGGCUGUGCAGCUUCUGAAGCCAAGGGAGCUGGGACCAGGCAACACUGUGCAGGUGGUGGCUUACAAGCUAGGGGCAGCACUGGCUGGGGGUGGGCUGUUAGUCCUCUUUCCCACCCUCUCUUGGCCACUGUUUUUUUUGCUCCUAGCUGCCACCUACUGGCUGGCUGCUGCCUUAGCCUGGGCUGCACCAGCCUUGGGCCAGAUGCCCUGGCCUCAGGCGGCAGAGCACACCCCUCACACCUCCCAUCUUCUACAUGAUUUGCUGGCUGUGCCUGGGACCCUCUGGACAUCAGGCUUUGUGCUCUCCUACAAGCUGGGUGAGCAGGGUGCUGGAAGCCUGUUUCCACUCUUCCUGUUGGACCAUGGUGCUUCUGCCUCAGAUCUGGGGCUGUGGAGUGGCUUGGGGGCUGUGACCUGUUCCAUUGCUGGCUCCUCCCUGGGUGGGGCCCUACUGGCCAGACACUGGCAGCCGCUGUCCCUGUUGAAGUCAGUGCUGAAGCUUCGCCUUGGGGGUUUGGCCUUCCAGACUGCCUUGCUCUUCCAUCUGAACACCCCAGGGGCCAGCCUGGACCCUGGCACAGUCUUGCGAGGGGCAGCUUUGCUGAGCCUAUGUCUACAGCAGUUCCUAGGGGGUUUGGUCACCACUGGUACCUUCACUGUGAUGAUGCACUGCAGCCAGUUGGCGCCCAGAACCCUGCAGGCCACUCACUACAGCCUCCUGGCUACUCUGGAACUGUUGGGCAAGCUGCUGCCAGGCACCCUGGCUGGAGUGCUGGCUGAUGGCCUGGGCCCACAUCUCUGCUAUGCUCUCUUCCUUGCACUCUCAGCUCUUCCCCUUUUGGAGCUGGGCCUGGCACCCAACACCCUGGCCUGAAAUGGGUGUCAAGACUGUCAAUAAAGCCAAGAGUGCUUUGGCCUGUAUGUCUGGAGCACAGCAGGCUCAGGGCAGUGUCACCAGAAAGGACAUAAAAUGACUUGAUUGCUUUUUA